AUGUCCAAACUUGUCGAGGACGUCAAAUCCGGCCUCAAGGGCAUCCGGGGCGCUGGUGACGCCGUACGAGGCGAGGUACUAAAAGCCACCGACCAAGCCUUUGAGAAGAACCCGGAUCAUCCGACAACAGUCGAGUCGCGCACAGAAAACGAAGCAACUGCAGAGAAGGGCAAGAAAGACUUGCGGGGAGCUGACGAGAUGCUUGCACGUCACGAGUGGAAGCGCAAGGGCGUUACUCCCGCGCAGGGUGCUGCGGCAUCGGAGAAUCAACCUGUACAUGAGAGUGAUAGGCCAGCUGAGACUCUUCAUCGGGAACCUGGGACUAUUGCACCUGGGGAGACGACGCAUUACGGAACUGGAAGGGUUGAGGAGUCUGGGGCUGUGGCACCGGACGUGUCUGAGAAACACCGAUACGCUUGA